AAUACUGUGUACAAUUCUUCAUUUUCAGCUCUUUUCGUAUCAAAAAAAAAAAAAAAUCUUCAUUUUCAGCUUAAUCUGUUCUAGUCGUCAACAUGUCUGAAACAGAUCAAACAUAUAAAUUGCCCCUGCCCAGUUCAGAUACUGUGACAGAUAUAUUCCUAUGGAGGAAGAAGAAACAGAGUGUGCUUGUUCUUUUGAUAGCAACAGCAAUAUGGGUUUUGCUCAACGUCUAUCGCUUCAACUUCCUUACUGUAAUUUCAUGGGCGGCCAUGUUCAUUGUUACUUCUUUGUUCCUUUGGGGCAACAUGCUUAGGUUCUUUAACAAAGAACCUCCAAAUUUGUAUGAAAUGUUGGAGGUAACAGAGAAGACGGCUUUGGAGACUGCGAAUACCAUUCGAGCAUGGAUUGAAGAAGGAAUUCGAUGGAUGUUUCGGGUGGCUGCACAGAGAGAGUGGUUUGUAUUUGCCGGGACUGCCGCUGGUUUAUGGUUACUCUCUCGUGUGGGGAGACACUUGGAUCUGCUCACCCUUCUUUACACAGGUGUUGUUAUGGGCAUGACUAUUCCUGUGAUAUAUGCGAGGUACAAGGAAAAUCUCAAGAGGAGUGAGGAGUGGGUGAAGGCACAGGCAAGGAGGUACUAUGACAUGGUGGAUGAAAAGGUAGUCAAGAAUAUAAAGAACAAGGUGACAGUCACCAACGAGACUUAUAAGGACAAGAAGGUUGAGUAGCUGGCUGCCGUAUGUACAUGUAGUUUCUCGACUCUGGACCUUACCGAUCGAUCAGCUAGCUAGUGACCUGUAAAGUGAUUUCUCCGGCCUAUAUGCUUCACUGUUGUCUUUCUCAUAUAGUGUAUAUGUUCAUGUAGUUCUA